GCAGAGAAUCGUUGAUUUGGGUGAGCAAAUUUCUACAUAAAAUUUAGCUCCGAUAUUCGUCUUUGCAUUCCAGGAUUAUGGCCAAAAGUACAAUCGAAUUGCUCAGGGAGUUUUCACGUGUUGUCGCACCCUCUCAAUAGCUCCGAGCAUUAAUUGUUCUCGCAGUAGAUUCCUGCGGAUUUCUAAUUAACAAAUGCAUCUACGUGCGCUAUUGUGGACCGUUUGCGGGACGUGAGAAUUGGAACGCAUGCGCCAGCUCGCUGAGAAGCCACGCACGCAACUUCGCAUCCGGAAAGCGUACAAAUCGAUCGUUCGUACGUGAGGCUGGUGUCGGUUUCGCGGUUCUACGUUUAGUUAAAAAAGCACAGCAAAGAGAAAGUUGGAUUUCGGAAGGAAAGGAGUAUUUUUGUCGAGGUCGUUGAAGGAACCGGAAAAAUGGGCAAACGCUUGGAAACUAUAGCCGCGAUGGCUUGCAUGACGACUCUCCUGAUGCUCUUCAAUUUCGCCUUCUGGUGUUCCGGACUUCUGAUGCUUUGCGUUGGAAUUGGGAUGAGAAUACAACUGCGAGACUAUGUUGACAUGAGCGUCGAGGGCAGUGGAGCUGCCUUGUUAGCCCUCGCCUGUCUCGGUGCUCUCGUCGUAGUUGCUGCAACUCUUGCCUGUUGCUGCACAGCCCGAGGUCAUCCAGCGUUGCUCUAUCUCUACGGAGCCUUCUUGGCAGUGGUAGCGCUCCUCGAGCUCGGAGCCGGAGCCUCGGUUUACGCUUAUCGCAAUGCUCUCAACGAGGGCUUCGACCAGAGCUUGAACGACAGUCUCGCGGCCUAUAACAUCAAUCCUGACAAAACGAGCCAUAUCGAUACCAUCCAGACGACGUUGCAUUGCUGUGGAAAUCGGGGGUACACCGAUUGGUUGGACUUGAAACCCCCGAAGGAAGUUCCGACGUCCUGCUGCAUACUUCCGGAUUGUGAUUCCAAAAAUCCUGAUGUCAUUUACACCGAGGGCUGUUACAACCGAGUGAUCGACUUUAUCAAUGGCAACAUCGGUCCCGUCGCCGGCACCGCGAUUGGAGUUGCGUUCUUUCCGUUGGUUGGGGUCUUCUUAGCUUGUUGUUUGGCGAGCAACAUUAACAAAGCGAAAUACGAGCAGGUAGCUUAGAACUUGGCGGACUGUCAAUUAGCGGUUCCGAAUAUUUUUUAUUUGGUGAGGGAGAGAGCGCGCGGGUUGAAGGGAGGCCAAGGAAUCAGCGUUUUCACUUAAAUUCGUCAAUUUUCCUCAAGACGUGUUAUUUCAGAAUCUGAAUUUUAUUUUUCUAAGCUUCUUCGCAUUGAUUCUCGAUCUUAAAAUUCAUCGUACACUCCUCGAGUCGUUUCCAUCCGUAAGCACUUUGAAUUCGUCGUGUCCUGUGCCAAUUAAGGUUGUUCAAUGUGAGGAAAAAAAAACUCAAAAAUUAACUCCAAAAAAAUAUCGACACAUUCCAUUCUAAUAAUGUCCAAACUUUGAAACUUUCGUAGUUCAAACUUUAGCAGUUUGUCAAAAACUAAAUGCACUCUCAAACUACUAGUCGGUUAAUUCUGUUCACUCUUGAAACGUUCGCUCGGUGUACGUUCAACAUUUCUUCCUAAACCACCGGUGGACGGUCCCGUGGAAAGAAACUUUGCAGUGAAUCGUAACAAAGUUUCGGGACCCAUUCGUCCCAGGAAUCGAAUUACGAUUUAUGCGGAGCACGAAUCGGCGAAGUGAUCGUUUUUAUCCAAAAAUCUUAGCUGUUUAUACCAAAAAUGUGUUUUUUUUUAAAUCGUUACCAUUAUUUUUGUAAUCAAUUUUAUUAAGUGUCACGAUUUUUAUCUUUAAGGCUCACAACAUUUUCUUCCAUUAUGUUUAUCGUUGGAGACGUUUCAACGAUUUUUUAAAAUCGUUGAAAAAAAUUGCUUCUCCUUCAACGACAGUAAUUUUCUAUUUCUAAUUACUGAAGAAAUAUUUCCAAAUAUUUUUCAUUGAAAUUAGUGCCCUUAAGAACUUUUCCCCUCGAAUAAUAAUACUUACAAGGACGCUUUCGUUGAAUAAUAAUUACAACGAAAGCGUCCUUGGAAAGGUAUUGCGACCGGUGGUUACUUCGCACUCGUCUGUCACCAUGAAUCGUCUAUUAACCUUCAACGUUCGUGAUUAAGCUCGAAGUGUCAAAGAAUCGCGAUGAAAUCUUAUCGAGAGCUUUGAAAAGUGUAUUCAUUGAAGCGACAUGCGUUCAGGCACUACGCAAAGUAUUAAAAUAUCCAAUAUAAAGAAAGAAUCGAAGGACGUGUCAUUAAGAAAAAGUAUGAAGGUUACUUCGUUGCGAAAAAGAAUUGAAAAAUUGUAUAUCGAAUAGAGAGUCAAUUAACCGAAGAAACUGCAUUUUUAUUAAACAGAAGGAAUUGAUUUGAUGAUCAAACACACGUGUUAGGUUGAGCGAGUAAGGACUUGAGCCAGCGUAUUUAUGCAUUCGAUCUCUGUGUUGUAAAAUAUCGAGUUUAUUCACGAUUAUGGCGCUGAACGUGAAAUCACUGUCAAAGUGUCGUAAGCACUUUUCACUUAAACGUCAGUGCUAGUUAAACAUUUUCAAAGUUUACGAAUUUAACAAAUGAUGUGUUGUUGUCUGAUACCAUAUUUUACUUCUAUAUACAAACAUAAAAAUAUAUUUAACUAUUUAAAUCUCCUAUUGUAUGCCCAAAUCGAGGAGAAUCCAAUUGUUAUACUGCGUUUCGUAAUAAAAUUUCAUUUCGUUCAAACUCAAAGGCAUGUUACGUAUUUUCUCAGUGCACGUCGAUCAGCACAAAAGUUAAUUGUAGUUUAAACGAAUUUUUUGAGGGAAUAAUCGAGAAGAAUGAUUUGGUUGAUUGAUAAAUUUAACGAUGUUAUGAUUCCUGUAAUCGAACGUAUAUUCCUCUUUCUCCUCGUAGGAAUUGAGGUUUUGUAAACGUGAAUAUGUUACUCAUGUAAUAUCCUACAACGAUAAGCCUUAAUAAAUACGUCUAUGUUGAAGUCAAAA